AUGCUCCCUGGCCUCAGGACACUGCAGCAGUGGCCUUUGCUCCCGGGGGAUUAUCUCCGCUCAACCCCGCACACGUGGCCGGACAAGGGUCGCCGGGUCUCGGUGACAGCGGUGCAGGGCUGCGACCCGGACCCCUGGGCGGCUGGGAGCACGGGCCUGGAGUUGAGGGGGAAGCUGGGACUCCAGGGGGGGUACUGUCGGUCCCUGCGAGCUGCCCUCCAUGAGCUCACCCCCCCUCUGUCCUGUGCCCGCAGGGGCGACCCCCGCCUAGUGAAGCUGAACGUGGCCAUCAUCAGCGGCUACUUGCUCUAUGACCUGCUGCUUCUCGGCCGCUACUGGAAGACGAUGGGAGACGCGCUCUUCGUGUGUCACCACGUGGCGGCGCUGUACGCCUACGGCUACGUGCUGAACCGCGGGGUGUUACCGUAUUUCGCCAAUUUCCGCCUCCUCUCCGAGCUUUCGACCCCCUUCGUAAACCUGCGGUGGUUCCUGGAGGCGGCGGGGUGGCCGCGGGGUUCGGUGCCGGUGCGGGCCAACGGGGUGGCCAUGGCCGUGGCCUUCUUCGCUGUGCGCAUCGCAGUCAUCCCCACCUACUACGCCCGCGUGCUGGCCUGGCACGGCACGCCCGAGUACGCCCGCCUGGGCCCGGCCGUGCAGGCCGCCUGGAUCGGGCCCAGCCUGGCCCUGGAGGUCCUCAACCUGGUCUGGAUGUACCGCAUCCUGCGGGGCGUCUACCGCGCCUGCCGCGCGCCCCGCAAGCAGCUCUGACCGGGGACCCUCGCGCCACCCUUCCCCCCCACCCCCCGCAAUGACCCGGACCAGCAUCCGCGGAGCCUGGGGGCGUCUAAACUGGAAUUGCCCCUGGGAGCACCUGAGUUGAGUUGGAAUUACCCCUAGUGGGGGGCAUCUGGCUAAAACUACCCCCCCCCAGGGAAAUCUGGAUUGGAAUUACCCCCCUGAGGGCAUCUGGGCUGGAAUUACACCUCUAGGAGCAUGAACUGCUCCCCCCAGGAAACUCUGAAUUGGAAUUACUCCUCAGGGGUAUCGGGGCUGGUAGUGCUCCCCCCCUGGGCCUUCUAGGCUGGAUUUACCCUCCCAGGCAUCUGGGCUGGGAUUACCUCCCCAGGGGGCAACUAAAUUGGAAUUGCCCCCCAGGGGCAUCUCGGCCCGUGUGGCCCUCCCUCGAUCCCUCCCAGCUGCGGGGGCCGUGCAGAAAAAGUAGCCUGGGGGAGCCUACCACCACCCCCGUCGUGCCACUGCACCAGCCUCGUGCCUCUCUGCCAGGCUGCGUGCCUCAAUUUCCCCACCUACAGGGUAGCAGCCCUGGCUUUCAUCAGUGCCUUCCCUGGGACCUCCUCUGCUCCGGGGCCCCGAUCCUGACCCGGGGAGUGGGGGCCGGGAGUAUCGAUCCUGGCGGGAGGGGCCCCGAUCCUGGCUGGGUCCUUGAAUUGGUCAGGUCUCUCCCUACCUCAGUUUCCCGCCCCCCCCCCCCCCCGGGGGGGUGCCCCCCCCGCCCC